AUGAAUAAGUUGUUGGUGGGAGUUUGUGUGUUCCUGAUUGUGUUUGGGAGUAUAUGUUGUUCUGACCCUGGUAAAAUCAACAUUCCUGGCCUGGACUAUAGUGUGUGUGAUGUCACCUACAAUGACUCUCUUUCCCCGUUACCGGGUCUGGCUGUGGACUUCUCCACGGUACUGGAGUGGAAGAUUGCCAACCAGAACCUUACAGUCAGCGUUCAUGAAUUUCAGUCGAAGAUUGAAAUGAAGAGCGCAAUUAUCGUGACAGAGGAAGGUGUCACCACGCGUGUUUUGUACGACAACUUCAUGGAGCAGUAUGCUAUAAUUAGGCAAGAUUUGAGUGGUGCCUACAGCUGUGUCAGUCACCAAAGAAACAAUGAGUUAACUCUCAUAGACAAUAAGAUCUGGUACGUCACAACUACCCAACUGUUUCAAAUCAUAGAGACUUCACAUGUGCAUUUUGUAGAGGACACGGUGAUACGAGGGAUUGACGUGAGUCACUACAACAGCUGUAUGUUUUUAUAUUCCUACAAUAUGACCAUCAAAGUUGACUUAUUUUUCGCAGCCAGCGGGUGGAAGUCCCCAUUGGCAGCCCCAGAUGCCCUAAUACCAGUGAGAAUAGAGAUUAGGGGAACACAAAACAACCAGAAUCCCUUCCACGUAAUUGGAGACUACAUCGACUUUAAACCUUCCCCGUCAUUUGAUCAAACAAAUUUACAGCAACCGCCGGGAGUGUAUUGCGAUGGCUAUGGAGCCCCAACAGACAAUAGAAAGAUGUCAGCAAGCUUUUCAGCAGUAUUUGAGAAAGUUGACUUGGAUUUUAAAAAAAUCACAUAUGAAACUAUAUACUUUGAUUCCGAAAGACAAAGAAUUCGCAGAGACUAUAAAUCAGCUGAUGGGACAGAUCCGGACACGUUUUCUGAAUAUUACGACUUUAAAACUGGUAUCCUGUAUACCGUGGACACAUACAUUGGAGUAUGUACACCAACCACACUUCAGAAGGGCGUCCGUUUUGUGUCUGAAAAGACCAACAGUGCUAUUCCUAAUAGCCUCAGUAUGGUCUCCGCUGAAAAUGUUUUCCAUCUUGACACCAACAUUAUACAGUAUGUUGGCAAGAGAGUCACCCGUGGGGUAUAUUGUCAGGUGUGGUGCGGACUGUAUCUGGAUCCAAAUACAGGAAGUAACAACACAGUAGAGUGGUACUUUACUGAGGGGGACUGGGUGGAGGCCUCGGGAAACUCUGUCAUAUCUGGGGCGCUGAUUCGCAUGGAUGUUUGGAAGGGAAGUGACAACAAACCAACAUCCUACCAUAUACACAAUCUGGACAGCACUAUUCCACCCUUAUCUACCUUUGACCUCGCUGCUUGUUUUCCUGCGCAACGAAAGACACAUUUUAUAAUUAACUUCGAAAUUUUAGGGAAUAAACGCUAUAAGGAUAUCAGCAUGUCCUUUCUACAGGAUACCAUACAUCAGCAACUAUCUGUCGAUUCCUUCAUAGAUCCUGUCCGCAUCACAAAUAUACAGAUUGAACCCAUAAGCAACACAGCUUUUGUGUUUGUAGGAACCCUUUUAGAUAUGGCCCCGAUCAUCAACCCCUAUAUCAUACCUCCUGUGUACAAUCGCAUCACUCUGGAGGCAUCACUAGAUUUUCUCCAUGGCAUGAUUGAUGGAACUUGGAAGAAAAAUAUAACUGGAAAAACAGGGGAGGCAAUAGUUAUUGUUGGUAAUGAAAUUGUGGAAAUAAGCUACAGAGGAGAGUUAGCUACCACGACGACGAGAAGUACCCCAAAACCAACAUUUUUAGUUCCAACACUUCCCCAUUCUGGUGGUUCCCCCGGGGCUCCCCCGAACCCUGGCUCGGUUAAACCUUCACCACCAACUCCAGCACCGCCUUUCACGGGUCUUACAAAUUCUUCUCAUGCCAAGCCAACGCCAAAACCGACACCAAAACCAACGCCAAAACCAACGCCGAGACCUCCGGCCAGACCAGUGACCAAACCUCAUACCCCGUGUACGUGUCCUGCCGUAACAUGCCCCACAGUAACACCAGCUUCGACACCUGCUCCAGUAAAAUGUCCCACAGUGAACUGUCCCAGCAUUCCAAAGGCCCAGACUGUUAGUCCAGUCAAAUGUCCUAAAGUCACUUGCCCUACACCUCAGAAACCAAGGACAUCUCCUACAAUACAAUCAUCAUCUCUGCCAACAUCCACAUUGAAACAGCCAGGACAACAGUCUGCGCAACAAAGUCCCCAGAGUUCUGGAGGUGUGUCCGGAGGUGCGGCUGCAGGUAUAGCUAUCAUUAUGCUGAUUGUCGGAUUAGCAAUCGGGUUCGUCAUCACGAGAGUUUACCAUGUGAGAGGCAUAAGGGGCCUGUUACAGCGACAACCAAAUGGUUAUGAUGAUGAUACAAACUAUUGAGACUCUACAAGAUAUUGAUUCAGUUUUUCUGUUGAUCAGAAAACUGAGACAUGAUCAAUGGUGUUAUUAUAUGUUCUGUGAUGAGUGACACGUUAAGUUGAUGUCUCCUCAUUUUCCGUAUCAAUGUCUAUAAAUAGUCACUAAUGUGUAUGUUCACAGUGUAGUUAUGUACUGGGUGGUAUGACACUGAUAACAGGGUAGUUAUAUAAUGGGUGGUAUGACACUGAUAAUAGGGUAGUUAUGUAAUGGGUGGUAUGACACUGAUAACAGGGUAGUUAUAUAAUGGGUGGUAUGACACUGAUAAUAGGGUAGUUAUGUAAUGGGUGGUAUGACACUGAUAACAGGGUAGUUAUAUAAUGGGUGGUAUGACACUGAUAAUAGGGUAGUUAUGUAAUGGGUGGUAUGACACUGAUAACAGGGUAGUUAUAUAAUGGGUGGUAUGACACUGAUAACAGGGUAGUUAUGUAAUGGGUGGUAUGAUAC